ACUCAGUGUGCAAUGAAUAGAUCAGCCUAGGGCCUUGGGCAGCAGUUUGACCUCAGGUAACUGAUUUAAUUAAGCAUGAAUUUGUUUCUCUGAUUAGUUUAUCUGGUUUCUGAGAACUAAUCUGCAGCAAAAACUGAUGUGAAGUUCAGCUCCACUGCGCCAGUAUUAAAGGAGCGGAGCCUAGUCUCUCUCUCUCACUCACUCACUCACUCCAGGAGGACUUGCUGGAGACGGAAGGCCAGGUUUCACCAGACUGCGUACCUGGACAGGGUAAGCGGGAGGUGGGAUUCGAACCCGUGACCUCUCAGCUCUUCCUACCGAUGAUGGACGGACGGACGGACGGACAGUUGCUGACCCCAGAGGGUGCAGUAACACUUAGAUAACGAGGUGUGUGCGCCCCUCCCGGCCCCCGCCCCGCCACGGCCCUCACCUGCGUGCCGCGGUGCUUCCCCUGCGAGCCGUCCUGGACCGGCAGCCCCUUCCCGCACCGCCCCCCCUCCGCGGUCACCAUGACGCGCUCCAAGACGUUCCAGGCGUACCUGCCGAGCUGCCACCGCACCUACAGCUGCAUCCACUGCCGCGCUCACCUGGCCAACCACGACGAGCUCAUCUCCAAGUCAUUCCAGGGAAGCCAAGGCAGAGCGUAUCUCUUCAACUCGGUGGUCAACGUGGGCUGCGGGCCGGCGGAGGAGCGGGUCCUGCUGACGGGGCUCCACGCCGUCGCCGACAUCUACUGCGAGAACUGCAAGACCACGCUGGGUUGGAAAUACGAACACGCCUUCGAGAGCAGCCAGAAGUACAAGGAGGGCAAGUUCAUCAUCGAACUGGCGCACAUGAUCAAGGACAACGGCUGGGACUGAGGGGGGGGACCGGAACGGAACCCCCACCACUUCGCCG